GCAUACCGACUCUGGAAGGUGUAUUACAGCAUCGGACGAGCUCGCGUAUGAUGCUCCAAAUUUGGCGUUUCCUUACUUUGUUGUAAUGACUGACAACUGCUUAAAUGUUAGUGCACAGUUCCGUUAUCUUGAUAACGAACUGUUGCACAAUACCGAGAAGAAGGGAACGCUGAUAUCUUCCACACAUGUAUCCUAUCACGAUCGUUGGGCCGUGUAUAAAGGCGUGAGUUCAAGUGCAAAAAGGACUCAAAAAGUACUAACACGUACCGUUUAAAACAAACAGACGCUGGAUCUUUAUUCCUUUACGACAAGAGUAGGAACGUAUGUGCCGAGCCUGCCACAAUAUAUGUAUUAAAAAACGCAACUUGUGACACAGAAAAACAAAAGUUUACUUUCGGUAAGUAAAACAGUAUGUAAGGAAACUGAUGCACCGUAUACAAUAUUGUCAAAAGACUGAAUAGAUGGAGAAUUGACUCGCUAUUUAUAUCACCUGCAGGUUCAUUAGGACUGUACGUUAGUAAAACUGCUGUAGUAGUAAAAUAACAUACAACAUUUUUAGAUUAGCUAGGUGGCAGAAAUUUGUGAUGAACCGUAAGGACAUAUUCAUUAGAGGGCUUCAAUAGCCAGGAACUACAAAGCGUAAUUGAACUACAUGUAUACCUGUAGACGUUAAAAGCUCACGCUUGUGAAAAAAACUACUUGAAAUAAUUAAGUCAUCUUUUUUAUUUAAUUGAUACCUAUAUAUUGGUCUAUAUAUGAUAUAUGAACUAUGUUUACGACAAAAUCGAUUUUUGGGACGGGGCUAAUGCAACUAUAUAUGAAAAAUGCUAAGGGGCUAAUCCCCACCCAAAACCCUUAUAUUAUUUGAUAUCAAAUUUUACUCUAGGUAUAAACAGAAAUUAAAUAUUAUUCAUGUUUUUCUUAGCUGCAUGCAUCAAUUGAGAACGGAAGAUUUAUACUCUAGUCUAUUUUAGGUUCAGUGACAGCCUACAACGCUAAAAUGGAAUAUGUUCAUUGUUCUCCAAAACAAAAGAUGGUGGUGAAGAGUGCUGAUUAUGGAGACUUUAAUAAGAAUGGUGCCUUUAAUGACGAUCAAAAUAUUGACACAACAUGCAGCAAGUUAACCAAUUGUCAGGUGAAAUCUCUUUGUGGUGGAAAUAGAUCUUGUGAACUGACUAUGGAUAAAAAUUUACUGCCAUCACAAUACUGUUCUGAUACUUUGAAAGAAAUUUAUACCAAAUACACUUGUGUGGAUACCUACGGCUCUUCCACUAUAACUACAG